AUGGUAUUCUCGAGAAGCUAUCAUCCCCACUUGCCAGACCUCUUUGCUUCAGACUUCGAUCAAAUGGCAAUACUAGAAUAUCAACUCAAGAGGCUACAUCGAUGGAAUAUAUACGAUAAAGAUAAUAUUCAUCAUGUAACAGGAUUGAUUCAAUUACUUUUGAUCAAAUCGCCUAAUGGUACUGAUAAUGACAAGUGUCUGUUUCCUCAACUAUCAUAUGAAACAAAGAAACAUAUGCAUGAACUCUUACUCAAUCAUUUCAAACAAUUAAGGAGGUUUAAUAAUCACGAAAUGGAAUUAAUUCAAUUAAUGCUAUCUAAUCACUAUAAUAAUGAUAAAGAUAUUUAUUUAUUUAUCAUUCAAACAUUUAAUUGGUUCAAUGUUUGGUUGAGCAAAAAAGUUAAGUAUCGGAACAAAGACCAAUAUGGAUCAUUGAGUCUAAUAAUGAUACAUGGUAUUAUUAGAAUGAAUAACUAUGACGCACAUAUUAGAGACAAAUAUUUGGAUGUUAUAUACGACACUUUGGAUACUAUAUUUCGCGUCUACGGGGAUGGAGAAAUAUUCUCAAGUAUAAUUCAUGGUCCUAUUUAUAUGUUUUUAUUGGUGCUCAAAGAGUAUAGUUUUCAAGAUCAAAGAGGUAGAGAAUUAAAAAGGAGGAUUUCAAACAUUGUAUUUAAUGACCUUUCAAAACGCCUCUUUUCCUUUGAUGAAUGGGAUAGUCAGAUUGGUUGUGACUUUUUCAAGGAUUAUAUUACAAUAGUAUUCUUGGAUGCUCAUAAUGACCAAUAUUUCAUACCACCAGAGCAAUCCAAUGACUAUAUGGAUGUGGAAGACUGGAAAAAGGAUAAUCGCACCAGGGUUGAAGAAAGAGAAUUACUCUGCAAACAAAUUCGAUCAUUUUCAACAGACUAUCAUCCAAUAGUAUUAUCUAUUCUAUUUGAACAUUUCAAGAAAUGUCUAACACAAACAUCAUGGAAGGAUAAAUUAAUCGUUCUCAAAUUAUUAAAUAUGUUUGAUUACAAUAAUAUGGAUUAUAAAAAAGGAAAGGAAUGUAAAUGGAAAACAUAUUUUAGUUUUGAUUUUCUUAAAACAGUUAUAUCAGAAACAUUAAAAGAGGAUAAUGUACUUGUUCAAUGUGAAUUGGUUGAAUUUAUUCGGCUAUUCUGUUAUAUCCCAUACUAUCGUUGGAUGGUUGUCGAUAGUAUAGAGUUUCGAGAUAUCAUCAAAGAAGCUUUUAUUUACAUCAUCGAUCAGGCUUCAUCACCACAUCCUCGUUUAAUAUACUUUCUCAUCGAGGCUUGUGAUCCUCGGGCUUAUGGUAGACUUGGGCGACAGAUUAAAGAAAUCUUCUACACAGACCCUUUUUGGCAAGAAUGUAUUGUCAACCUCGUUUUAAAGUCGGUUCAAUCAAAUCACAAGAGUUUAAAAGCAUUAUCAACAACAAUCAUUGCAUUAUUGGAUAGUUUUCAAAAAGAUAAAGACAUUUUAGAUCAUGUCAUUGGGUUUUUUAAUCAUACUCACCAACUUGGAUUCAAAGAGACAAAUCAAUUAAUUCAACGAAUAUUAUUUUCAAAACAACAACAACAAUAUCAACCAGAUCAAAUCAAUCGGUUUGUGAAUGUAUAUCUUGUUGGGUGGAUAGGUAAUUCGGCAAGCAACUUGUCAAUUUAUUUACCAUUGGUCAUGAAAAGAAUACUUGGUCAACCAAUCGAUCAAGAUUGUAUCCGUAGCCUUUUAAUCCUCUACAAACAAUCACAUAAAUCAACGAAUCAAUACAUUCAAUAUUUAAUUACACCUAUUAUCCAACUAUACACCAACACUAAAAUAGAUAAUGUCAACGAAAAAACAAAUGUUGCAGAAUUAUUGAGCCUCCUAUUCACAAGAACAGUGGAAUACAAAGGAAUACACCACCAAGAAUCUACUCGACUAUUUCAACAAAUACUCGAUACUUUUACUGCACCACCAACUCCCUCUUCCCUAUAUCCCUUCAAUAUAAUAUAUCAUAACAUAAAGAGAUUAUGUGUAAUUACCGACAUAGUUCAACAAAUAAUAGUUACAAGAGGAAACAUUACAACCGAUCAAAUAUUACAAAUCAUCGAUUUGAUCGUACAAACACUACAACUAAUUCACUCUAAUGAUAAUAAUAGGGAACACUUAUCAGAGAUUGGCCAAUUGAUACAGAUAUUAGUUUCAAUGGACUACCAAUGGAACACCAUUGCAAUGAUAUCAUCCCGUGUGAUUGAUAUGGUCGUAGAUUGGAUCAAUCAAAAUAUGGAGCUCGGGCACAAGUCAUUUCAUUCAACAGUCGAGUUGGUCGUAGAUUUCUAUGAUCAAAUCAAUAUUAUACCACCAAGCAUUACAAUAUCACCAACAACAGAGAAGAUAUCAUAUUCCGAAUGGAUUGAUAGAUUGAUAUUGGUAGAAACGGGUUAUGGUCAUAGUUAUGACGUGGUCACCACUAAAUUAAUACAAUUAAAAAUUAAUUAA